AUGAGUACAUCAACAACAUCUACUACAUCAACAACAGGAACAGCUUCUGCUACUACCACUACCACUACCAACAAUAACAAUAACAAUGGUGGACUAGUUGAUCAAUCAGCAGAUAGAAUCAAAAAGAGAGACCCAGGUAGAAUUACAAAGGUCAUCAAAUGUGGGGUUGUUGGUGAUGGUACUGUAGGAAAGACUACCCUACUCUUGUCAUACAUCACUCAAGCCUUUAUCACAGAGUAUACGCCUACUGUAUUUGACAACUUCUCAGCUAUUGAAGAGGUUGAAGAUGGUAAAUUGGUUAAUGUCAUUCUUUGGGAUACUGCUGGUCAAGAUGAUUAUGCACAAAUUAGAACCACUUGUUAUACCAAUUGUAGAUAUGAUGUUUUCCUUUUAUGUUUUAGUGUUGUGAAUAGAGAUUCAUUUGAUAAUGUAAAAUACAAAUGGUUGCCAGAACUCAAAGCAAAUUCUCCAGGUACUCCAUUCAUUUUGGUUGGAACAAAGACUGAUAUGAGAGAUAACAAUGCUGCUACUCCUCAAUUAUCUGGACAAAGUCCUGUUAUUACCUUUAAAGAAGGACAAAAAAGAGCAAAGGAAAUUAAAGCACAUAAUUAUAUGGAAUGUACAUCUAGAGAUCCAGCUAGUGUUGCCAAGGUUGUAUUGGAAGCUGUUGGUAUUAUUAUGGAAAGAGAUAAAGUAAAGAGAGUGGCAAAUGAAAAGAUUUGGAAAAAGGAGGUUAAAAAGGAGGAAAAGGAAGAGAAAUUGAUCCAAAAAUCAAAGGAAAAGAUGGAAAAACAAGGAAAAUUCAGUAAAAAGACUCCAAGUCCUUCCAAUCAAUCACCAGAAGCUUCUCCUAAAUUAGAUAGAGCUUCAUCUCCACCAAAAUAA